AUGCGCAUCCCGCUUACGAUCCUCCUUCUUCCUUUUUUCCUCCCUGUCAUGGGUCUUCCCGCAUCCAGUGACAAGGCCAAUAAGGGCAAGGCACCUGCUGAAGAGGACACACACGCCCAGUCCGUUAAUUACUAUGAAAUCGAGGCUUACAAGUCGUUUUCUGGUAGUGAAUGCACCGACUCAGUUGUAGGAGGGGGGCUUAAAGUUCCGAAGUCCGAUAGUCUGAAACGUCAUGAAUUGAUGGCGAUACAAGCACAUUGUCUUCGUUUCAUUAUCCCUUUUCCUCCUGACUGUUGUCUUUAUGUCAACGAGGUAUCUGGGAGUUCUAGGCGGUUCCGAAAGGAAUAUCCCGCAGGAUACAAGCUCCAAUUCCCUAAAUCUUUUGAUCAUAUGAGUGUAGAGUGCGGAUUUGACACGUAUAGAAGCAGAAGCGUAGGAUUCAUAGGAACAGGGUCGAUAGUAGACGAUGUGUUGUCCAAUGUUGUUCAGGAGCAAUUGAGGGAUGUUCUCGGUAUCAUAGUCCCGCGUUAA